UAAGAUUGAUUGAAAGUCUUCCAUUUGAAUGGGGAUAAUUCUGCAGCAAUUUACAGCAAACCAUUUCUGAAUCCAAUUACCCUAUAAAUAACCCUAUAUUUUCCUUCCUUUUCAAUCCCAUACACUGAUGUUUGCUUCGUCAACGCUCUCCUAUCAUUCAAUCAUGGGGGUUGACAAGCUAGAGAAGUGCUACUUUUCUCUCCUUUCAAUGCUUUCGUCAUUGCAAUGGGCCUGGAAUUUGUUUCUUCGUUUCUCCUUGUUCCCUUAUCAAAUACCUGCACCAAUUGGCCGCGAUGAUUUCAAGCUAGGGUGCCGGAGUUACAGCUGCAAGCAAGACGUGGGUGGGGAUGAAGAAGAAGAAGUUGAAUGUGCUAUAUGUUUAUGUAAGAUCGAUGAAGACGACGAGAUUCCAGAGUUGAGAUGUGACCACCUUUUCCAUAAAGUUUGCUUGGAUAGAUGGGCCGGAUACCGGCGUUCCACCUGCCCUAUCUGUCGCACUUCUUUAACCCCUCGCCAACUAAUUUCCGGCAUGGAAGUCAUUCAUUUCAAAUACUGUUCUUUGGAUGAUACUAGUCACCGGGAAACCUGGUGGCUGCGUUAGAUGUUAUUAGGUUGAUCAUAAUAAUAUUUAUUAUGUGGAGAAGUAUCACAAAAUCUAAAUUUAAUUUCUUUUAUCGAACGUAUGACUUUACUCAUGAAAGAGGUUAGACGAAGGUGAUGAUAGUUGUGGAGUUUGCUGUACAUCAACCAAUCAAUCAAAUAUACGAUAACUUUCAUUUUUUUUUUUUUACAUAA